AAACAAAAAAUAAUAAGAUUUCCUCGUCCACUCCGCCUCCCUCCGCCUCGCCGCCGGCUUUGAAAGGAGCGGCGCCCAGGCGCAGGGAGCCCAGCCGGGACUAUGACGGCCGAGGAGCGGCGGAAUCUGCACGCCUUCGGGGGCUAUGUCACCAAGAUUCUGGACCCGACCUACAUCCUGAGCUACAUGGCGCCCUGGUUUAAGGAGGAUGAGAUGCAGUAUAUUCAGGCGGAGAAAAACAACAAGGGUGUGAUGGAGGCUGCCUCGCUUUUCCUCAAAUUCCUGCUGGAGCUGCAGGAGGAAGGCUGGUUCCGGGCCUUUCUGGAUGCUCUUCACCACGCAGGUUAUUCUGGACUUUAUGAAGCUUUUGAAAGUUGGAAUUUUGAAAAAAUUGAAAAGUUGGAGGAAUAUAGAUCGUUAUUAAGGCGUUUGCAACCAGAAUUUAAAACCAGAAUUAACCCAAAUGAUAUUCUUCCUGAAAUAUCUAAAUGUUUAAUCAAUCAGGAAUGUGAAGAAAUUAUACAGAUUUGUUCCAACAAGGGACCAAUGGCAGGUGCAGAGAAGAUGGUUGAGUGCCUUCUCAGGUCAGACAAGGAGAACUGGCCCAAAUCUCUGAAACUUGCUUUGGACAAAGAAGAGAGCAAUUUCACAGAACUGUGGAUUAUAGACAAAGGUGCAAAAGAGAAAACGAAAGACCUUGAGGAGGAGGAAGUAGAAACUUCCGAUGUGCAGAUUUUCUACAAGGAAGAACCCGAAUGCCAGAAUCUCAGUCAGAAUUCAGGCCCACCUUCAGAAGUGCCUCGUGCUCACAGCCCACUGAAGCCCAGAAAUUACCAACUGGAGCUCGCUGCUCCUGCUAUCAACGGGAAAAACACAAUAAUAUGUGCUCCCACCGGUUGUGGAAAAACCUUUGUUGCGCUUCUUAUAUGUGAACAUCAUCUUAAAAAAUUUCCGCAAGGACAAAAGGGGAAGGUUGUGUUUUUUGCUAAUCAACUCCCAGUGUAUGAACAGCAAAAAUCUGUGUUCUUACAAUAUUUUGAAAGACUUGGGUACAGAGUUUCAGGUGUAUCUGGAUUGACAUUUGAGAAUAUCUCAGUGGAACAGAUUAUUGAGGACAGUGACAUCAUCAUUUUAACUCCCCAGAUUCUUGUGAAUAGCCUUAAAAAUGGGACUAUCCCAUCACUCUCUGUCUUUACUUUGAUGAUAUUUGAUGAAUGCCACAACACCAAUAAACGCCAUCCUUACAAUAUGAUCAUGUUCAGUUAUCUAGAUCAGAAACUUGGAGGAUCUUCAGAACCACUGCCCCAGGUCAUUGGGCUGACUGCCUCAGUUGGCGUUGGGGAUGCCAAAAACGUAACCGAAGCCAUGGAGUACAUCUGCAAGCUGUGUGCUUCUCUGGACACAUCAGUGGUAGCAACAGUCAAGGACAACUUGGAGGAACUGGAGGAAGUUGUGUAUAAGCCCCAGAAGUUGUUCAGGAAAGUGGAAUCACGAACUACCCGCAGAUUUGAAUGUAUCAUCUCUCAGCUGAUGAAAGAGACAGAGGGUCUGGUAAAGAGUGUCUUUGAUGAACUCGGUACCAUAAGCCUUGAGAGCUUAUCUCACAUCCAAAACAGGCGUUUUGGAACACAGAAAUACGAACAGUGGAUCGUCGCCGUUCAGAAGAAGUGUGUGGUGCUGCAGCUGCCAGACAAAGACAGAGAGAGCAGGGUUUGCAAAGCGCUCUUUCUGUACACUUCCCACUUGCGGAAAUUUAACGAUGCUCUCAUUAUCAACGAGCAUGCUCGGACAAAAGAUGCUCUGGAUUACUUGAAAGACUUCUUCUGUAAUGUCCGCGCAUCAGGAUUUGAUGAGAUUGAGCAGGAUCUCACUCGAAGAUUUGAAGAAAAGCUGCAAGAACUAGAGAGCAUUUCCACGGAUCCCAGCAACGAGAACCCUAAACUCACGGACCUCUGCUACAUCUUGCAAGAGGAGUACCACUUAAACCCGGAGACCAGGACCAUUCUCUUUGUGAAAACCAGAGCCCUUGUGGACGCUUUAAAGAAAUGGAUUGAGGAACAUUCUACACUCAGCUUUCUAAAACCUGGCAUAUUGACUGGACGUGGCAAAACAAAUCAGAACAUAGGAAUGACCCUCCCAGCACAGAAGUGCGUACUGGACACAUUCAGAACCCACGGAGACAACAAGAUCCUGAUUGCCACCUCGGUGGCUGAUGAAGGCAUUGACAUCGCGCAGUGCAACCUGGUCAUCCUGUACGAGUAUGUGGGCAAUGUCAUCAAAAUGAUCCAGACCAGAGGCAGAGGAAGAGCAAGAGGUAGCAAGUGCUUCCUUCUGACUAGUAAUGCUGAUGUAAUUGAAAAAGAAAAAAUGAACAUGUGCAAAGAAAGAAUGAUGAAUAACUCCAUUUUAAGCCUUCAGACAUGGGAUGAAGCAGUAUUUAAAAAAAAGAUUCUCCAGAUACAGAUUCAGGAGAAGUUCAUCAGGGAUAAUCAAGGAAAAGCAGAGCCUGUACUCGAUAAGGAAAACAAAAAGCUGCUCUGCAGGAAGUGCAAAGUCUUCGCGUGUUGUACGGCGGAUGUGAGAGUGAUAGAGGAAUGCCAUUACACCGUGGUUGGAGAUGCUUUCAGGGAGUGCUUUGUGACUAGAUCACACCCCAAACCAAAGAAUGUGGGGAUUUUUGAGAAGAAAGCAAAGAUAUUGUGCGGUAGACAGGACUGCAGCCACGACUGGGGGAUCUAUGUGAGGUACAAGACAUUUGACAUCCCACUUAUAAAAAUCGAAAGUUUUGUGGUGGAGGAUAUUGCAACUGGAGCUCAGACACUGUAUGCAAAGUGGAGGGACUUUCAUUUUGAGAAGCUACCGUUUGAUGCUGCAGAAAUGUCCAAGCGACCUCAGGACUCAUCUUCAGCUGCAGAGAAUGGGUGAUCUUGAGUGAAGAAGAAAUUACCCGCAGUGGAUAAAUCACGACACCCUUGUACCACUGUGAAGAUGCUAAGGCUGAUACUGCACUGAAUGUUGAUCACUUAAUUCACCUUUUGUUCAGUGCUUUCAACAGUUUGUACUAUAUCAUAUACAUAAAGCAUGAGUGAGUCAGAACCCUGAGGGCUUCAUAGGCCAAUAGGGCUCUAAGUACUUGGGAAAAAUUGUAAAGCCUCAACUUCUUUCCAUUCUUCCCUUUAGAACCAACCACUGGUUUAUACCCAGUAGCCACUCAGUACACAUGAGGAUGAAUGAAUGAAUGAAUGAAUGAAUGAAAGAAAGAAAGAAAGAAAGAAAGAAAGAAAGAAAGAAAGAAAGAAAAAAAAAGAAAAAUAUUGAAAGGUUUUUCAAUGCCCUGGCUGAGUAAUUCAGUUAGUUAGAGUAUCAACUGCAUAUGCCAAGGUUGUGGAUUCAAUCCCUAGUCAGGGCACACACAAGAAUCAACCAAUGAGUGCAUAAGUAAGUGGAACAACAAAAUCGAUGUUUCUCUCUUUCUCCCUUCUUCCUCUGUCUCUUCCCAAAAAUCAAUUAAAAAAAUGGUGUUUAUGACUCUCCCAUUUAAUAAACUAACAAAAUGUUAUUUUUUAAAAAAAAGACUUUUCAUAUCUUUUCUUUCCUUAACCUACUGUAAACCAGCUUCUGUCUUUAACAAUCUACUGAAAUUGUUCUUGUCAAGGUCACCAAUGACUUGGUGCCCAAAUCCACUGGGCGCCUUAGUUCUCUCUGAGCUCUUCGCUGCUUUGGGCCCUACUGGGUACUCCUUUCUCGGAACUCUUUUUUUGGCUUCUGUGUCUUCUAGCUCGAUUUCAGUCUGUUCUGUUGGUUCCGUGUUGCUAACCCCUUAAAUGUUGGUAAUUCCAGGGGUUCAACAUAUAUACAUAUAUAUCAAUGUCAUGGUGACAUGUGCUCAUGUUUCUAUUUAGCAACGUGUGUGGCACGUAAUCUUAAAGUUCUGUAGAGGACUUUUAGAAAUGGAGCAUGUAAAUGAUCCAUACUUCCUGAGAAGCUGAUUUCUGUUCUCUUAGAUUAUUGUGCAUUUUUCCCUGUCAUUUUCAUACCCUGUGCCAUUAUCCCCAUUGAAUGGUCUAACCAAGCCAUUUCCCAAUAAUGGCUAGUGGUCAAUACUUGGACUCUGUUCUCAGCUCCCUUGGAUGAUACUGACGAGGUUGUUUAAUUUGGCUGUCCUUCCUGUUUAAAAAAUCAGAGUGCAUAUCCAAAUGACGCUCCUGUGUCAUUUAACUAGGAUUACGGGAGCUCCAGAGCUUAGUUUGGGUUUUCCAGACUUGGAGACAGCUGCCGGAGAUUUGCUGUUUCUCUCCAGGCCACGGUGUCUUGUGUUGAAUUCAAGGGGGGCUCCACAGUAAUUUAAACAUCUUUCUAAAACAGACUCAGAUUAGUUGUUUGUAAUUCAUGUUGGUGGUUCAACAGUCACUUCAUUAACAGAACGAGAGGCAUCUUUGUCACUCUCAUCACCUAGGACAUUCCAAGGGGGAUGGGGAUGAAGACCAGAUAUACAUUAUUUACAAAUCACGAUCUCACAAGUAUCUGUUUUUACACUGAAUGGCUUUUUUUUUUGCUGUUGUUUAAAAACUUCAAUAGAAUAUAUAAAACAUGUACUGGAAAUCUAUUUCAGAAAAGUUCUUUCAAGGUUCUAAAUGAUCCAGUUUAGAUGAGGGUGAAUAGUCUCUCUUCAGACUAAACCCAAUGCAAGAAAAACUCCCCUUGUUUGAUUUUAGCCUGGAGUCAGGCCAUUGCCAGGCAUGGAGCCUGGUAACGAGAACGCACUACUGGGCGCUCACUCACUGAAGGAAAGAAACCAGUAAGUAGGAUUCUAAGAAUGAAAACUUUUGACUGACACCCCGAUGCUGGCCACUGGAUUUCCGGGUCAGAGCCAGAUUCCAGAACCCACGCAGGAGCCUUUCUCACGGGCCCUCGCUCGGCCCCCAUUGGAACACCUGGCAGGCUGUCCAGCCACGUGUGUUUUGUGAAGUUCCUCAGGUGUGUGAGUGAAAGUCCGUGGGACUCUUCUGAGGAAUUAAAGGGAGCUUUAUUCUGAUACAAUAUGCAAAUCAGAACUGAGGGUGGAAAGGGGCCUGCCGCGCCCGGCAACCUCAGGCGAGGCCUGAGUAAGGGACGGCCUCACAAACUCGGGUGCCUGACGUAACCACAUAGGAUGGUCUGAAGUUACAACUUUCUAACUAAAAGCAGGUCAUGGGCAGCUGUGUCCUUAGCGUAGAGUCUUUGCUGACAAAAGUCAAUCUUUACCCUAACCGAGCCUGCCUAUUGCCUCUUUGCAUCUAUGAUAACACAGAUUUCUUCUUUCUGGACCCCCCAAAGCGCAGGCACCACAAGCACCAGGGGGAGACCACAAAUCUCCGCAUUGUUAUUGUCAUUGUGUUCACUGUUAACUAUCCUGUACCCACCUAAGGAAAAGACGUGUCUAUUAUUUUACUUUGUAUCCACUCCCAGAGGCUCCUCCUGCUUCGCUUUCUCCCACCUCCCUAACCAGUGGGUUUCCUGUGGCCCACUUUUGUCUUCUCUUGAAUCUAAUGUAUAAAAUAAGGGGCAAAACUGCCAUUUUUCCAGAGUAUUGUCUUACUCUGUUGAGGUUUUGCUUCCCAGCAAUUGCGAUCAGUUUGGCUCAAAUAAACUCAUAAAAAGUUCUUACAGGUUUGG